GGGAUAUUGGACACUAACCACUACCGUAUUUCUGUUUCACCGUCUGUAGCUAAUUACACGCCCACAUUAUUUGAGUUGCUGAUACAGAGGACAAUGAUAUGAUAGUACGAGUUGCUGAUACGGAGGAUGCUGUUACGUCGGAUUACAUCGAUGGGAUACGAGUCGCUGAUACGGAGGAUGCGGAUACUUAGGAGGCUCCAUGGUAUGGAGGAGUUGCUGAUACGGAGGAAACUCGCUGAUUGGAUGAUUUAAUGAAACGGAGGAUGUUGAUAGGGAGGAAGCUCCCUGAUAUGGACCAGCAGUUUCUGAUACGAAGGACGCUCGCUGAUACCGAUGGUCCUGAUAUGAGUCCCUGCCUGAUAUGGGGAACACUCGCUGAGGAUAUUACUACGGAGGAUGCUCACUGAUAUUGGAAAUGCUAAAACAAUUGGUUGACAGAGGACGCUUAAUACUGAUGCGAAACGAGUUGCUGUUACGGAGGAGCCGCUGAUACGUUACGAGUUUCCGAUACUAUGGAGGAGAUGCUGAUAUGUUGCGAGUUGCCGAUAUGAUACGAGUCGAUGAUAUGAUAACGGAACCGCUGAUAAAAAUCACUGAUACGGAUCGCUGAUACAGAUGAGCAGCUGAUGUGGAGGAGGCUCACUGACAUGGAGGACGUUGGCUGAUAAGGAGGAGCUGCUGAUACGGAGGAUACACAAUUGUACGACUUAGGUCUAUGAUUGCAUCAGUAUUGGUCCGGAUCCAUCACAGGAGAGGGCUUGCUGAUACGGAGGACGAUGAUACGAGUUGCUGAUUGUACGGACGAGAAUUCUAUAUAGUAGUAGGUGUCCGGACGAGUGGGGUGGGUGCUUGAUACACCGACCUACUGAAGAGCAAAGAAGAACCUUUAAGGUAACUAAUUCUUGGGAGUACUGUACUUCCUCCGGUCCACCAUAUGUGUCAUUUGAGCACAUAUACUACUGAAAUAAAGGUCAAUAUUUGGGCGAUUGGAAUACAGUUGUGACGAUUGCAUUAAGUGAAAGUGUGUAUCGUGCUUGCGUUAGCUCUUCAAACAGGGCCCAUUUUGGCAUAUAAAUUUGACUUCACUUUCAGUAAGAUUGUAAUACCGUACAACAUGAUAAAACUAAGACUGAGAACUUCAUAAUGAUAUUCUUACCUUACUAUUGGAUAAGGUUGUAAUGCAGUAAUAUUGCUCGGGCACAUAGUCGGUUAUGAUAGAAUCUGGCACUUCCCAAACCCUUUUACGAAUGUGUUGAGAAAGUGUUACUGGAUGGGAAGCAAAAAUCGUGUAGACAUACGGAAAUCUGUUUUAUCUAAGCUGCACGGGCCAGAGACAAAAACGAUGUCUCGAGCAAGUGUUCUUGGAUGGGAAGCAAAAAUUGUGUAGACAUACGGAAAUCUGUUUUAUCUAAGCUGCUCGGGCCAGAGACAAAAACGAUGUCUGAAGAAUAAUGUUACUGAUACUGAUAAAUGUUUUCCUUUCCGCGAUUACAAUCUGUUUUAUUUAUGCUUCUGAAAAUCCGUUGGUCAAAAACAAAAAUCUGUCGUUGACAGAGAAAAAAUGAAUCAACUUCCCUGCUUGGAUAUUUUCCUAUGCGCAUUGGUUUCGCCCGUGGGACCAACGCCCCAACGCCCUUUGCAGCACUCACAAGUUGCAUUGCAUUUAGGGUUGAUUCCGAACGUGCCUGUGUACGCUACCUACAGUACGGGUACUCGUAAAGCACUUUUUUUUUCGCUUUGCUUGUUUUCAUCAACAACGUUGUUUUUUUUGACUUCUUACUGUAUUCAUUGUUUUUCUUUCGUUAUUGUUAAUCAUAGGUAUCCAUCGAACCGUAGGGCAUAUUCGAUAUCUUUCAAAACCAUGCGCCUUUUAUUAUUCCUCUUCGUUUUAUUCUCGGCAACAACAAACAGCAUGGGGAACCCUGCAGCUGCAACUGUAGGUGCACCUGUUGCCCCACCUACAGAGAAACCUGUUGCCCCACCUUCAGAGAAACCUGAACCUGCUGACCCCACACCUAGACCUACUCCGGCAGCUGCAAUUGUAGGUGCACCUGUUGCCCCACCUACAGAGAAACCUGUUGCCCCACCUUCAGAGAAACCUGAACCUGCUGACCCCACACCUAGACCUACUCCGGCACCUACUCUUUCGAAUUUUCGUAUCAUGUUUCGGCAAGAUUUAUUCGAAGAUGUCGUGAAGGACGACAACUCUAUUACCUUCUCUUUACGGUUCGAGCAUUUUUCUGAUCCGUGUACCGGUUGCAGUUUAGUAGCGCGAUUUUAUUCCUACACGGAUGAAAAUCGUUGUGUAACAAGUAACGAUUCGGAGACUCCGAUUCCGCAGAUUGCUUACGAUACUGAAAUGCCUAAGAAUGCAUAUCAUGAAAUAAGUAAGUGGUUCGGUUCGUGAAUGGUUUGUUUCUGUUGCUGCUUCACUAUUUUUCGAGCUAGCUCAGUCUCUUUUUCCGUCAGCUCGCGUGGACAUAGAACUCCCUCUACAGGAAUGGGAAGACAACAACGAUGAUGACAUCAAACUCUGUAUUCGAUUUGGAAUCGAAUAUCCCGUUACAAACGAGGUUGUGUCACACAUCGAUUUGCCGAUGACUAUAAACGCCCACAACGGAGAAUAUGUUGGCUCCUUUUCCGCCUCCGGUCAACUCGCGGACGAUUCCGACAAUGUCGUCACGUCGUUAACAGACAUACAAGUAUCUGACAAGGUGGAUGUUCAGGCAUUCCUGUGUGGCGUCCCUGGCGUGCAAGGUAUCACAGGACUGGGUACACCGUCUGCAACUCAUUACAAGGUUGGACAAAAAUUUAGGAUUUGUGUUGACAUUAUGGAAGUAGACCAUACAUACUAUGUCGAUAAUAUUAAGAAGAUGGUUUGCAAGGUUGAAGGCCAGUACGAAAAAACCAUCAUUGAAGACGGAAUGGCAACCGAUGGAUUGACGGAUGUCAAAUGGUCUGGGGAUGUGUCUGAAGGGUGGAUCCAGGGGAUAGGGGUGGAAAGACAGAAGGUUUCAGGAGGAGUAACUGGAUCGGUAGUCACUAGUACUGUAGUAUCAGGAUAUGUCGGUGCCGAUGCCGGUACAAUCCAAUGUGAAGGCACGGUAGAGGCGAGACUGUGGGCGGAAGCUAAUGCCCUUUACUCGCUGGACAACGAUGUAGAAGUCCAUUACAUUCACACUCUACCCAUUGGAGUCGCGUUUAAGGAAUGUUACGACCUUUGUGAAUUGGAAUCUUAUUGGUAUUAUGGAUUGCAGUGCUUGAAUAUUGACGAAGGCGUUAUUGACUGUGUGUGUUCAAAUCCAAAUUAUGUAUCUGGAGGGUCGGUAGAUGUCUUUCACUACCCCGAGCUUCCUCGUCGGAUUGAGCAGACAGAUCAAUUUACCAAGAAUAGAAACAGCGGGGAAUGCAGCGAUAUUGAGAUCUAUAGCGGUUUUUUUCUGGGAGGUUUCAAUUAUCAUCCAUUCGUGUAUGAAACUACUUAUAAACGUCGUCUUCAAGAGAGCAACGCAGAAACCGAGUCGGAAGAAUUUGGGUUUUCGAUCACUAUCGGAAUCCAGAACGAGGUGGACGAUCUCAGCCGGUUGCAGGAUCUUGCUGCUCCCGGAGCAGACCCCAAGGUGUGGACAAUUGCGGACCUCGUAGCAGGACUUGCCACAGCUGUAGCCCUGGCCAUGGCCGCGAUCUAAAGAAAACCAUCCCCACUCUGUCCCCUUCGCACGGUCUUCGGUGAUCAACGGAGAUAUUCUGUUCAGAUUCUGUUCCAUGUCCAUUCGUAUUCCAUACAUAUUCAAAACAUGGCAAUGAGUAAGCAAGCAAAUAGUAAGCAAGCAAUUAGUAGGCAAGCAAUUAGUAGGCAAGCAAGCAAAUAGUAACGAUUCUGUUCCGCGUAGAACACAGUCACC